AAAGAGGGACAGAGGGGAAGACGGCGAUGGAGACAAAGAAGGAGAGGCGGAGAUAACUUCACCGUUUUUUCUCAUCAAGGAGGAGCCUGCAGACACGCCAGCAUGCAGCAAAGUGGAGACUGAAGCACAGCUUGGGCUUUGUGGAGUAAAAACUCUUGGACAGCCAUUCCCUCGGCGAUGCAUAUCAGUCAGCAGACUAGAGAUUGAUCACAAAUCACGCAGGACUGAUCGCCCGCCAGGUGAUCCCGCAGUGCAGCGGAGAAACCCCACCAGUGUGCCCCCUUCUCUGAGCUCCAGGAAGAAGACGCAAAAAUGUCAGAGAACAGAGGUCAGAAGAAGUCCAUCUUCCUGUCGUCAUUACUGGUGUGUUGUAUGUUUGCUAGUGCAGAGUAUUCCAGCUGUGGAGAGUACGAGUUCUUCAACCAGACCAGUAACAGCUGCCAAGCCUGCCCUCAGUGCCAGCCAGGACAAGAGCCUCAUAUGAUCUGUGGCUACGGUGUGAAGGAUGAGGACUUUGCUUGUGUGCCGUGCCCACAGGGGAAAUAUUCCAAAGGGAAGUAUGAGAUCUGCAGACGCCAUAAAGACUGCGAUGCCCUCUAUAAAGCCACGGUGCGCAUAGCAGGAACUUCAGACAGUGACGCAGAGUGUGGCCCCUGUUUACCUGGGUAUUACAUGCUGGAGACCAGACCCAGAAACCUAUAUGGGAUGGUUUGCCACUCCUGCCAGAAUGCACCGCGUAACACCAAAGAGUGCAUGCCAAGCAGAGGGUCAAGAGAAAAACCUACUGACCUUGGCAGCACAACUGUACUCCCUCACCCAGAUAAAGGCUUCAACGGACAAAGUCACCUAGCAACAGCUCUCAUUAUCGCCAUGUCGACCAUCUUCAUCAUGGCCAUUGCCAUUGUCCUCAUCAUCAUGUUUUACAUCCUGAAGGCCAAACCAAGUGGCCAGGUAUGCUGUUCGGGACAAAUUGUGAAGGCAGUGGAGGCUCAGAACAACAAACAGGAAGAAAAGAAAGAUGUCCCUGAUAAUGUGGUGAUCUACUCAGAGAAAGAUGAGUUUGACAAACUAAAAGCUCCUCCUCAGAAGACUGUGAAAAGUGAAAAUGACGCAUCAUCAGAGAAUGAGCAGCUGUUGAGCCGCAGCAUUGACAGCGAUGAAGAGGCAGCGUCUGAGAAGCAGGGUUCAGCCAAUACCAGUAACCUCGAUCCAAACCUGGGUCUUGUCAACCGGAGCAACAAGCCCGACCUCUGCCUUCUCAAUCUGGGCCUCUUGGACCGAGACCAUAUCUGCAACGGGACCCCUACCAUCACAGCUGGCCAGGCCCACAACAUCCCAAAUACCAACCACAUCACCAGCACUAACCACAUCAGCAGUGUGAAUGCAAUCAACAACAACAAUAAAACCCCAGGGAUGCUGCAGAGUCGAAGGAAAAAGAUCCUGGAUCUGUAUGCCAGAGCCUGCAAUGUGACAGAGGGCCUCAGCCCCACAGAGCUUCCCUUUGACUGUCUGGAGAAGGCCAGUCGCAUGCUGAGCUCCUCCUACAGCAGCGAGGCGGCUGUGGUGAAGACGUGGAGGCACCUGGCCGAGAGCUUUGGCCUGAAGCGUGAUGAGAUUGGCGGCAUGAGCGAUGGCCUACAGCUCUUUGAGAGGGUGAGCACGGCGGGCUACAGCAUCCCCGACCUCCUGACCCGCCUGGUGCAGAUAGAGAGGCUAGACGCUGUGGAGUCACUCUGCUCAGAUGUGCUGGGCAGCAGUGAGAUGGCAGUUGGACGGCAGGGAAUCGGCACCUUUCACAGCCAGCUGGUCUGUCCAUCCCCGUGCCCAUCUCCAUCCCAGCGCUGCGCCAGUGUCUAAAUAUAUGGUGGAGCAGAGACUUGCCCAACAGUAUACAUAUACAGUACAUUUAUGUGAGGACAGAUACUGCUGAGAGAAGGACAGCACAUAUAGCGUACACACAUUACCCCCACCACAUGAAGAAUAUCAAUGGACCUUCCCAGGCGCAGUCUUUUUAUCCUAUCUGGGGUUUUCUCUGUCAAGAAGCUAGUCACCUGAAAUGGUUUGUAUGGUCUUUGUAAUGUACUCCAGAGUUUGAGAAGGACAAAAAUCAAAGGCCAUAGAUUAGGACUGUCCACCAGCUGGCUACUGCAGUUAUUUUAUUUUCAGCAAGAAUAAACUAAUCAGAAUAUGUUUCUGUUUUAUUAGGUUGUUGUCCUUCUCAGAGUCUUAGCAGAAAACAGCUGGGUUUACUGUGCGCUGGACGCACCACAAUAACAACUUUCUUUUUCCAAAGUUUUGGUACAAAAAUUCUUAUGCAGUUUAACAAAUCAUAUAAAAGGAUACAAUGGUGUGCAUCAGUGCCAAUUAGUACCUUUCUUACAGGCACACCGGGUUUAUAACAGAGCGUCCUCUCACUGAACCUUCUGCUUCAUCCUGCUCCUGACACAGUGAGAUGUUUGUGUCUGUGUACAGAAACAACCUGGUCUAACCACAGCAUCAGUUCACAUUCGUGACUGUGCCUUUGGCUACGCUGUCAUCCCAACAGGAAAGACGGCAGAUACAAGCUCCCUACUUAGGAUGCAAUCAUUGUGCCUGGCUGGAAAUGAUAAAACAUCAUUCAGCUUUCAUCUGGUAGACAUGGCUUGUGAACUUUGGGCAUUUGUGAAUAACCCUGUGUCUCUUGUUGACUCACGAUUAAAAAAAAAAUUGCUCAGAGAUAUUACGUUGGUAUUGUUAACUUGCUUAAAACUACUGUCUAGUGUCAGUUUUGGAUUGAUUCUGCAAUGUUGUUUACCAACAACAACAACAGCUCUUUCUACAACAGCUUCCUCAGCAGUGACCUAGUCGGUGACCUCCCCGGCUCGUAACUCCUUCCUCUCCCCUUUUUGCUUCCCUGUUGCCCCAGUGCUGUGGCCCAGUGCUUCCGCCAGCCCUAAUUAUUUGGUGUGUGGCUCCCUGGGCCCCUAAUAGGAUGAAGUGUUGUGGUUUACAGAGCGGGUGCAAAGUGCCUGUGCUUUCCAGCACCCUAUUAAGUAUUUAGGGCCACUUAACCACUGAAAGCUUAGUGGAAAAUCUGUUAGCGCCUGCAUUAAAAAGAUAGAUACCAUGGCAGGGGUAUGAAUAACUGCCCCCGGGAUUGCUACACUGUGAACGGCACAAGAAUGCAGCGGGUCAUGGUGGAAGCAGCGAUAUCUUGCUCAUUUUUUGUGGUCAUGCUCAGACAGGAUUUAAGCUCCCCUCUCCACUUUGGCACCAAUAUAGCAAAUGAGAACAAUAUGCAGUUGUGUGGUUUGUCCACUUCUGAAAAGCAGCUGAAGCCAGUUACAUAAGUCAGACUGAGGGUGGCUCCAAUAAGCAUCCGGUUAAAUGUUGUGAAGAAAUGCUGAUCUUAGCUCCAAUUAUAGUGUUGAUGUUUACAGAUGCUGUAGUAUAAUGUCCUGCUUUAUCUAUUGGUUAAACUCAAGCAGUGAGCUCCAAAAUUCAACUUAAACAAGCAAUGCAAAGACCCAGUUUGAUCUUAUUUCUGGGGAAUAGGAGUGAUCUGGUGCCUGUUGUUGUCAGCAUAAUGUCCUGUGACUGAUCUGCACAGAAUCAAACACACCACCUGCUGCCAAGUUCAUUUUUUAAAAUUAUUUUUGGUUGUAUGUGAAAUUGCAAACUCUGGGGCUGGACUCCAGGACUUUAAAUUAAUGUGCAUGUUUAUCAAGCAUGUAUUCAUAUUUUAUUUCCUUUAAGAUGUCUUGUCAAGGCAAAUUAAAUAGUGCAAAUCAAAUAUAUCUACCUUCUUAGAGCAGGGCACCAAAUCCAGUUAAAUUCAAAAGAGGUUUAGUUAUAUUUUUUUGGUUAUUGAACUUCUGUAAAUGAUCUAAGUGCUGGAUUGACCUGAAAUGAAAUGGAACCAAGCCCUGUUUUCAAACAAAAUCUUGUCUUGAUAUACAGUGGGUACGGAAA